UGCAGCUGCAUCCGGUUGCUCUCUCACACACAAGUUCUGCAGCUGAAGGCGGUUUUUUAAUUUCCCACUGAACUACAUCAGAAACAUCAACUCAGCAACGUCGUUCAGUUGAAUUAACAAUGUUUGUAGGAGUUGUGGUGCUGUAGGUCUUAUUGGAGGCCAGAGGGAACCAUGGUGCCUUUAAAGAGGAGGAAGGUGUCCUCACAUCCUGCUGGGGGCUCUGGGACAGUCUACGGAGGACAUAAAGAGCCAAACCAGUUCCCUCAGGUUGUUUUAUUCCUGUUGGAAAGAAAGUUGGGAGCCAGUCGGAGAGCUUUCCUCUCUCAGCUCGGGAGGAAGAAAGGAUUCCAGGUGGAGGAGGUGUUCAGCGAGCGCGUCACACACGUUAUUUCCGAGAACAACGGCGGUGACGAGGUCAGGACGUGGCUGCUCUCACAGGUCGGAGGUCACACGCCUGCUCACCUGCUGGACGUCAGCUGGUACACCGAGAGCAUGGCUGCAGGACGUCCUGUUGAGAUACUGGACAGACAUAAACUGCAGGAGCAGCAGGGUAACGAAGCGGAGGUCGCGGCGUUCUCCGUACCGAGCUACGCCUGUCAGAGGAGGACGACUCUGGAGAACCACAACACCGUCCUCACUGAUGCUUUGUCGCUCCUGGCUGAAAAUGCCGAGCUCAGCGAGGAGGACGGGCGAGGAGUGGCGUUUCGACGGGCCGCUGCCGUGUUGAAGGCGCUCCCCAAACCGGUGGCGAGCAUGACGCAGCUCAGAGGGCUUCCCUGUCUGGGAGAGCAUUCACUCAGAGUCAUCAAAGAUAUUCUGGAGAACGGAGCUUCAAGUGAAGUUGAAUCUACAAAACAGUCUGAGCGAUACAAAGCGUUGAAGGUUUUAACAGGUAUUUUUGGAGUCGGCGCGAGAACAGCGGACCGAUGGAUCCGAGACGGGAUACACAACCUUCGGCAGUUACAGGAUUCAGGACCGACGCUCAAUCGAGCUCAACAAGCAGGCCUCGAGCACUACGACGACCUCAACCAGCCGGUCAGUAAGUCAGACGCCGACGCCAUCGGUGAGGUCGUGGAGAAAGCUGUUGUGUCUGUGUUACCAGGCGCACACAUGACUCUGAUCGGAGGAUUCAGGAGAGGAAAGCUGACAGGCCACGACGUUGACUUCCUGAUAACGCACCCAGAGGAGGGCAGAGAGGUCGGACUGAUGCCCAAACUCGUCUCCUGGCUGGAAUCUCAGGGUUUCCUGUUGUACCAGAAAACCACCAGAAACUCUUACCUGGAGUCCAAAGACGGUCCCGCCCGGCCCGCCUCCAACAUGGACCGCUUCGAGAGGUGUUUUUCCAUCUUUAAACUGACCAAGGAGGAGAAACGAGGAACCAAACAUCCGGAGACGCUGACGGAAAACGGUGCGCAAACUCCAGAUAACGGCGGACUGGAUCUGGAUCUGGAUCUGGAUCAGACAAAACCAGCCGGACACAAACCGUGGAGAGCUGUGAGAGUGGACCUCGUGGUCUCUCCAAUCAGCCAGUUCGCUUUUGCUCUGCUGGGCUGGACGGGAUCCAAGCUGUUUGAGAGAGAGCUGCGACGCUGGGCGGGCCACGAGAAGUCCAUGUCUCUGAGCAGCCACGCUCUGUACGAUAACAGACAGAGUAAAUAUCUGAGGGCGACGUCAGAGGAGGAGAUAUUCGCUCAUCUUGGUCUGGAGUUCGUUCCUCCGUCGGAGAGAAACGCCUGAACGGGCCUGGUCUUAUACUAUUAGGUCCAACUAUCGACGUUUAUAAAGAUGGACGACAUAAAGUGAAGCCAGACCCUCUUCAUCGCCCACUGGUAGCCGACUGCAGUACAGCAUAAAGCCUCCAUGUUAGCAGAUGGGACGAACUGAAGAAUAAAAGUUAAAUAAUUAAUUUCCAUUAAAGUCAUUUUAGGUCGUUUUAUGAUAAUUUUGGAUGCUGUUAAAUUGUAUUUUGAAAUAUUGGCAGGUGUUUCCGUUAUUUUGUCCACCUCAUUUAAAUCAAUGAGAGUAUGAAACAACAGAAACUAUAAUAUAAUAAUAAUAAAGUUUAUUUUAGUCAGUAUUUUACAUGUUAUGUUUGUUUUAAACAUUGCAGCUCUUUUAACUGAAGAAUAUAAAUAUUUUAAUGUUAUUUUAUUUUUAUAUUUACUUGCAGAACUUGUCUCUUGAACUCCAAAAAACCUGAACAUUACAACCCUAAUGAAAUGAGGAUUUAUUGUGUUGGACUGUAUUAGUUGUAGUUAAUAAAUGAUAAAUUAAAAAGAUAAUUAUAUGCUAUACCUCUAGAACUUGAGUGCCUGUGAGAGGAAGUUAACUGCUUGUAUUUCACAAUAAAAGGUUGUUUGAAUUAAGUCUUAAAGGAUACAA